GUUCCUGUGAACUCUAUCAAUAUCCACUUGUCCAACCAUAGCUUUUAGGCGAUCACCGACACUGAUGACAAAGAACUUUAAGAGAAAGUGGAAACAAAGCACACAUUGAACAAAGCAGAGAAUUUUCAGGAUGCAACGGUGGAAACAGCCCACUCACCUCUCACUGUGCAAUUUAAUACAGCAUUGAAAUGACGAUGUUGUUUUGAAAAAAGCAAAGUUGUAAACUCGAGAUUUUGACGAUAUAAUGUAGAAUAUAUCGAUAUUUCACUUUAUAGGACUGUUUUAUAGAAAGCCAAUUAUAAUCUCCCAUCAUGUAUGCAACGCCAAGGAACGGGGAUGCGCUUGUGUCACGAUCUGCAGGACUCGUCGGGAACGGUCAUGAAACAUUACUUGUACAAGCCUUAUACCCGUACUCUUAUGAAAUGCAACCAGGUCGAGAGGUUUCAUUUGAAGCUGGCGAGUGUUUUAUACUGGUGGAAAAAUCUAACGAUGAUUGGUGGCAUGUAAAAAAGGGAGAGCAAGAUCUUUAUGUGCCAGCGAACUACAUGACUGAGUCCUGUAUAGAUUUCAGUGAUAGCGACACGACGGAUAGUUUGGGAGAAAAUUGUACACUUUCACCUUCAUCCGAGGAUUCAUAUCAGGAUAUUCAAGACGAAACUGCAAAUCUAGACGAAGAAGAGAGAACCACGUUUGGUAGGGAAGAUUCUGAGAGAAUAUACAUGAACGUUAAUGACAUUUCAGGUAGAAUAUACGCGAAUAUACCUGUGAAAUCUAAUGGACAGGAGCCAAGCAUGAGACGUCAUUAUUCAACUGGAGAAGAUUGUAAUCAAGCAAAUGAAAAGGCAAAGAGUGAACGCUAUCGACCAAAAUCAGCAACCUUACCUGCAGGCUGGUCAAUGGAAGUGGAUAAUGAGUCUGGGAGGACAUUUUAUUUUAACAAUAAAACAAAUGAGAGCACCUGGAGACCUCCAUCUACAAGCAGUACUGGCUCUGAAUCUCAAAAUGAUACAUCAAGAAGUUUACCAAGGGGAUGGAGGUUAGAAAGACAGGCUGCAGUUGAUGAAUAUAUGUAUAUUAAUGAGUCAAAUAAUGAAAAGUGGCAAUCAUCAAAAGAUGAGGCUGGCAGAACAUACUACUAUAACACAAAUGGAGAGACCGUUUGGGAAUUACCCACAAGUGAUAGCAAUGAAUUAUUGCAACCUGAACCUGAUGAGCAAAUUAUAAAUAAUUUAAUGCCAAGGAAUCGGAUGCGUUCAGAAGGUUCGGAGAGUGUGCUUAAGUUACGACAUAAAUCACCACAUUCACAUCUCCGCAGUUCAAGAUCUGCAUCAAUGACCGGAUUAAAUUCGCUCCAAAUUCCCUCCGCAGAAAUGAGCAGCUUUGCGAAGGGACAACGUUCGCCAUCCGAGUAUCGUUCGUCUUUAAUAAUUGGAGAUGAGUUUCCCCUACCACCUACUCUUCCUGCUUUAGAUUAUUCUAUCAAGAAAGAAGGAACUAUCAAUCGUAAGAAACUUUGCGAGAAAGGGGGCAAAAAAGUGAAAAAGACGUGGAGUCCUUGUUACGUGAAGUUAUCGUCAGCAAACAUGAUUAUGUACAAAAAUCAAAGUGCCGCACAACCGAAACCCGGAUUCACGCAUGGCCAACCUGACAGCAGUUGUGAUCUUAGAGGGGCUGUAAUUCAAAAAAUGCCCGACGAGAAUAAGAGACGAAACAUCAUGCAGAUUGCCACUGUUGCGAAAUUGUGUUUUCUGCUUCAAGUGGAUGACGUGCAUGAAUUCAGCGUGUGGUAUCAUAUGAUUGCUGAUGUCGUCAAAUAUCUGGAAGAGAAUGAACCAGUUGAUAAUGGUAUGCAAGCAAGGCUUUAUGGUGACAUCGUCCAAUCACCAAGGCCAGCUCCUCCGCCACCACCAUCUGCUGCUUUAAGAGGGUCUCUUAAGAAAGCGCGCUCAGAGGGAGACAAGAAAAACAUCAAGGAUAGAUUAAAGAAACUUAUGACGAGAAGACCGACUAUUGAAGAACUGCAAAAGAAAGGAAUACUUAAAGAUAUAACAUUUGGUUGCCAUAUUAUGAAAUUGUGUGCGAGAGAGCAGACAAAAGUUCCAAAAGUCGUGGUAGGUUGUAUAGAGGCCAUCGAAAAUAAAGGUCUAGAUUUUGAUGGUUUAUACCGAAUAUCUGGCAACGUUUCUUCGAUACAACAACUUCGAAUAACUGUGGAUCAAGAAGAGAAUGUGGAGUUCGGCGAGCGUCCAUUUGACGAUGUUCACGUAUUAUCCGGCACGUUAAAACUCUACUUCAGAGAGCUUCCCGAACCCUUAAUUCCUUUUGACGCCUAUGAUCAGUUUGUUGACGCGAUAAAGUCACCGACAAAACUAGAGAAAACUAAAGCACUUCAAAACCAAGUUAAUAAACUUCCUUCGCCAAAUCGCGAGACUUUCCGUUACCUUUACAGACAUUUAAAGAGGGUGAUGGAGAACAGCAGUAAGAACAGAAUGCACGCACACAACAUUGCUAUCGUGUUCGGUCCUACGCUGUUGGCACCGCGAGAGGAGCAGCAUGGUAACAUAGCUGUGAAUACAGUUUACCAAAACCAGAUAGUUGAAUUUAUUCUACUAGAAUAUGACCAGGUUUUAGGAAAAGACAGUUGAUUGUAUCUUAGAUACGUGUAAAUUUACUUGUAAGGUAUCAUGGAUACGUAAUUAUGUACAAAGUGUAAUGCACUCGCUAUGAGAAUAACCGACAAAUCACGUUUUACGAGUAGAAAUUACAAUGUAAUUAUAUUAAUAAUUUUCGUAAGAUCCUGUUCAUUAUGAGUCGGGCUGA